ACACGUGACCCACCAAGCCGUAUUGUGUCCCCGAUUCGAUUUAGAACUGAGAACUAGUCUUUUGGAUGAAAAUUGAGUUAACCCCAUGUUUGAUCACCAAGAGCACGGACGCAACUAACUGGACAAUCCAGAAGUCAUGGCUUCCAAUGAAUCAGCAAAUGAUAAUGGCCCUAGACUGGUGUCUACAUGUCCAACAGUUUCGACUGAGGAACAAGACCUGGCAGGAAGUGCCACGGGUGGGCAGCCAGAGAAACACGUGGGCAUUUGCAAGUUUUUCCAGGAAGGCAGAUGUCAUUUCGGACACCGAUGUCACCUGUCACACAGCAUACAUCCCUAUACGGCGAGGGAUGCGGAAGAGGGGCAACACGGAAAGAAAACCAGAAAGAAUAAGAGUCCAAGAAAAAGUGACUCUUCACCGAAAAACGUAGAGAACGAAGAACCUUCUAAAAAGCCCCGCAUGAGACCAGCCAACGAGGUUGUCUCCAGAAUUUUGUGGGAUUCAUCUUUGAACCCAGAGCAGUUUGGGGUGGGAUACCUUGACCGCUUUUUGGGGGUUUUGGAGCGUCCGUUUUCGGAGUUUUCAUGGGACCGCGACGUGUGCAACUGUGACUACUCGGAGGAGCUUGCCAUUCCACAGCACAGGAUCAAGUAUUUUACCUAUAAGGGAAAAAAGAUCUGGGAUAGAGAAAACAGGAUGGAUGGUGUGUUUGGCUCCACAGGAGGGCCGCUGGAGCCACCUUUUGCUGCUGAGGAAUCUGGAGAAGAAGCAUCUGCUACCUAUGAAAGCGCAAUGGACCAUUUAGAUAUUGAUGCUCAGGAUUUUGGAGAGACUCAGCACGACACCAUCGAAGAAGCGCCCAACACAAGCAGCCAUGUUCUUCCAAGAAGUGAUAUAAAACCCUCUUGCUUUGAAGCAGCUCGAAACGAAACAACACCAUGUCCUCAAGAGAUGGAGGAAGGCAGCUUAACUGACAUCAUAGCGGGUGAUGAUGGUGGCCUGGCAGACACGCCUUGCAAACAUACGGAGGCUGGAUCGUGGGGCACACAGGGUGGGGAAGGUGAGGUGGGCGUGCGGGGAGAUGCAGCGGUGCAUGGGCAUGACUGGGACUCAGCCUUCACAAGACGACCCACGCUCGCCGACAGACAUGAUGAUGAUCUCAGGGGAGGUGCAGGCGAGGAGGAAGAAUGGAAGGAGAGUUGGGAUGGGAAUGAAGAAAAAGCCCACCUGUCCUGGCAUUUCCUGUCUGCUCCAGCGGAUCCGAUUCCGAAGUGUGCACAGCGUGCUUUGACCCGAUCGGACCCUCUGGAACAGCGAAGCAAAAUAAGCAGAAGAAGGCCCACCCACUUUAUUAGCUUCCCGAUGGACUCUCCUGCCUUUAUCACUGGUUUCCAGCGCCUCCAGAAAGAGGUCACUGCAAUCCUCCCCCUCUCUGAGCCCUACUGGCUCCCCCCGAAAAGCCUCCAUGUCACCCUUUGUCUCCUUGCUCUCUCUCAGCCCCAGGAGGUUAACCUGGCAUGUCAGAUGUUGAGGCGGUUUGCCCAGAGCUGUUGGGCGGUUCCCCUGUCCAUCUUCUGUUCACCAGAGCUGAGGGACUUUGGAGGCCGGGUUCUGUACCUCACCCCGCAGCCCUUAUCUCAGAUUCAGGCCCUGAACAGGCCCCUUCAGGAGCAGUUUAAGAAGAAGGGCUGGCUUCACAGAGAUUCACUGUCUCCCAAUUAUCACCUGACUUUGGCCAAGGAGAAGGUCAAUGAAGGUGAGAGGAAUUUUAAAGGUAUAUGGGAGAAGGUCAAAAAUGUAGAAAACGUGCGGACCAUCGAUUUCGGGAAGCUGGCUGUGGAUAGGCUGUAUUUAUGUGCCAUAGGGGCUUCCAAAGCAGCAGAUGGGUCUUAUGAGACCCUGUGUGCUGUCAGCCUUCAGGGCAGCCAGAAAUGAGGGGUGAGGGUCCUGGGCACAGUGUGUCACAGGACACUUUAUGUUUUAUACUUUUACAUGUAGCUGAAUAUUGAUUUAAAAACAUCCAGGGUACUUGCACUACACUUCUGGUUUUUAGUCAGGGAUUCAUGGGGGAAACAUUGGGUAUUAUUUGAGUUACCUGGAAUUUUAAUUUAACCAAUAAAAGAGAAAAUCCAGAAAGAUGUUGAGGAUCGGCAAAGAUUCUAUUGUUGUCAUAAUUCUGUUUGCACUUUUCGCUUUUUUCCGGCAGCCGUUUUAAUUUUUUAUAUUGGGAAGUGGCUGCAUUUUUAAAAUAUAUCUCCUUUAAAUGACCUGCUCUUUAAAUUACAUUCACUGUCAUCAAAACAUUUUAGUAAUCUUUACGGAUGUUUUCUUGCCAGUUAUAUAACUACCAACAGAUUUUUAAAAAAGAUCUGAGUUGUCUUUGUCAAAUUAAUAAAUGAAUUUGCUAAAUAUA